ACGACGAGGGAUCUCCUGAGGGCUUCGAUACUAUGCUCGACGCGUGCUAGCGCGCAGUAUUGCAAAACGUUCCAAACCACGUUGCGUGGACAUAGUGCUACAUACGGGAUGUCCGCGAUUCCCACGCUGAACUACUAGUAAAAAAAGAAAGACAAAUAUUAAAAAGAAACAAGCAGACAAUAUACCGUAGUAGCCAUUAGGGAUUAGUCGACAUAAAAUUUACCGGUUUGUUUGCGAAAUGAAAAAAAAGAGUUUUUAAACAUAUUUGAAUAGCCAGAGAAAUCAGCCGUACAUUUACAAAAUAAAUUCUUUUCCUGCUUUCUGUCUUUACACUGAAAGAAUCGCAUAUAUUAAAUGCAGGUGUUUUUAUACAUAUACAUAUACGCGGGUAUAAUGAAGUCUACAAACAAUUGUCGCGUAUCGUUACUAGUCACGGAUUCCCCUUCGGAUGAAUAAAUAUCGUCGAGUAGUGGGGAAUAAGCCAGACAUCGUCUGGUCGUAAGCGCAGCUUAACUGCUUGCAUAUACAAGGUAAAAAGAAUAGAAGAUUGUGACAUGGCUAAGGAUAUAAACGCCAUAUGGUUUACUUGUCGGUAGUGCAGAACCGUGGACGACCACGUGUUGACGAGUUUAGACGCUUCAGAGAGGUGUUGUUCGCCGGUCCUGUUUUUCCCUGAGUGAGAAACGCGCGGGUCGACUGCAAUUUUCUCGUCGUUUUACAUUCAUUUUUAAAAAUGUUUCUUAUAAUCAAAGUUGUUUUACUACUGUAAAAUUUUUUACGGAUACCGUGGGCGCACUGAUUUUUUCAUACCAGUCUUACUAGACGUUCUAUUUGAGUAAAAGAAAGGAGCGCCUAAUUGUGCGCGAACCGUUAUCAGAAUGCCAGACAAAGUGUCACCCACUGAAAAAACGGUUCUACGGAAUAAAACUAACAGCCCCGGCAGCCCUAAUGCGGACGAUAAUGGUGUUCAAUUGAAAAAGGAACUCGGCCUUAUGGAUGGUGUUGCUAUCAUCGUGGGAAUAAUUGUCGGUGCUGGUAUAUUCGUAUCUCCAAAAGGUGUUCUCAAGAAUAGUGGAAGCGUUGGACAAGCAUUGAUUGUAUGGAUAUUCUCUGGAGUGCUAUCACUUAUCGGAGCAUUAUGCUACGCAGAACUUGGUACGAUGAUCCCAAAAUCGGGUGGCGAUUAUGCCUACAUAAGUGAUGCUUUUGGACCAUUACCAGCAUUUUUAUAUCUUUGGGUAGCACUAUUUAUUCUGGUACCCACAGGAAAUGCUAUAACAGCACUUACCUUUGCACAAUAUAUUCUUCAACCAGCCUGGCCUGGUUGUGAGCCACCGUACGAGGCGGUUCGUUUAUUGGCUGCCGUUAUCACAUGUUUACUGACCGCCAUCAAUUGCUACAACGUUAAGUGGGCGACCAGAGUACAGGAUGUCUUCACUGGUACUAAGAUAUUUGCUUUGAUUAUUAUUAUGGUCGCUGGCGUAUGGUGGCUGUGCAUGGGACAUACUGAGAAUUUUCAUCAGCCCAUGGCUGGUACCAAUACACAACCUGGUUACAUUGCUCUGGCAAUCUAUUCAGGAUUGUUUUCAUACUCAGGAUGGAACUAUUUGAAUUUCGUAACCGAGGAAUUGCAGGAUCCUUACAAGAACCUUCCAAAAGCAAUUUGUAUAUCGUUACCACUCGUUACUGUCAUUUAUGUUCUUGCCAACGUGGCUUAUUUCGUUGUGCUAACACAGGAUGAAAUUCUGGCAUCAAAUGCUGUAGCUGUAACCUUUGGUGAUAAAUUAUUGGGAGUGAUGUCUUGGAUUAUGCCAUUCUUUGUAGCCUGCUCAACUUUUGGCGCAUUAAAUGGCGCUAUUUUUGCUUCGUCAAGAUUAUUCUUCGUUGGAGCACGAAACGGUCAUUUACCUACGGCAAUAGCCUUGAUUAAUGUGCGAAAUUUGACUCCAAUGCCAUCUUUAAUUUUUCUAUGUCUAAUCACUUUGGUUCUUCUUAUCAUAGAAGAUGUCUAUGUGCUAAUCAAUUAUGUGAGCUUCGUCGAAGCACUAUUCACAACUUUAUCAGUGUCUGGUCUUCUUUGGCUUCGAUACAAGAGGCCCGAUCUUCAUCGUCCCAUUAAGGUGUCCAUUAUUUUGCCUAUAAUAUUCUUUAUCAUUUGUGCCUUUCUGGUUACGCUUCCUUGUUACGUGACGCCGUGGGAAGUAGGUGUUGGCUUAAUUUUCAUAUUUUCCGGCAUUCCCAUUUAUUGGAUUUUCAUACAAUGGAAAAAGAAACCGCAGUGGCUUGUUUUAAAGUCUCAUGAACUCAAUAUGAUCUGCGCUAAGUUAUUUAUGUGUGUGCAAGAAGAAAAGAAUGACUGAGUGACAAUGUUUAAAAGGAGAAAGUUACAUCGGUCAAGAAACUACAGGGAAUUACAGUUAGAUCUUAGGAGUGUGUCAUAAUGCUGAAUGAACUUGAGAGAUUCAAAACUUUUGAUGUUAAAGAGGACAAGGAGAAAAAUUCCAAUGUCAAAAAUAGUAUUGACACGAGAAAUUUCGAAAAAGAAACGAUAUAAGCCUUGUCAUAGAAAAAAAUUAACGGUAAAUUUUGUACAAAUCAUUUAGAGCAUAUAGAUCAAUUCCAUAGCACAAAGAAAGAAAAAAAUCCGUACGCAUACUUAAACCUAAUAACUUUUAGAAAAUUCAAUAAUUUAAUUUAUAUUCAGUCGACACAACGUGAAUAUAAUUGUUUAUAUGUCAGAUAUUUUAUAUCACUAUUAUACUAUAUUGUUCUUAGAUACAAUUUGUCGACUAAAUAUUUAUUGAACAUCGAUCAAUCAUAUUAUGCAAUUGAGGAUUGUUAUCUUUCCAUUUUUUUCUAUUGUGAUUGUACGUAGUAUUUAAUAACGUAUUGGCGCAACGUAGAACUGCCAUGCCUAUAUAAAAUAUUUAUACGAAAUGCCAAAUCGGUCUCGCGCAAAUGUAGAUUGUAUUUUGGAGAAUAUUUAUUAUAUAAAGAUUGUUUGAAAUUCGAAAAGAUUAUACUGCCAGUUGGUUCGAAAAAAUUGUGUAUCAGAUUCUUCGAAUGUGCCUUAUGAUGAUAAAAAAAUUGUCUAUAAAUAAAUUUAAUUAGAAAAAGUCA